AUGAACAACGUCGACCCAUUAAACGCACAGGUUUAACUUGAAAUGUUCUGUUUUCCCAAAUGGAUCGCUUUUAGGGGGAUUUUGUACCUCAAAUCGUCGGCGUUGAUAACUUUGGACACAGAAGGAAUGAAAGCGCAGAUCUCAGAGUCGUUGAAAAAGAAUCCGAAGUCCUUUUGCGCAAAUAUUCCGGAGGCGCUUUGAGCGAUCGUGAGUUGGUUUUCUUUUUUUUUUCCUAAACGGAUGCAUUUAGCUAAGAACUAAGUCCAGAAUAGGUCAAUUUUUUUUCGAAUCUCAAACUUUCGAAGUUUUUAACCUAAAUGCCUUUUUUCCUCAAGCACAUUAGAAAGUAAAAGAUAGGACAAAAAAUGAGGAUAUUUUUGAGAUGUAUAGUAUAUCUAUAGCUCGCUUGAGAUUUUAUCAUAUUUAAAAAAUCGCCUAAAAAGCGUACGAAACAGAGGUUUUUAAGUCUGCUGUGUUCCAAGUUAGCGGUGAAUGAAGUAUGUGUGAAGUUUAAGUUAGAAAAUUUUAUGUGCAGGUUUUCAAGCGUUUUUAUGAAAGCAUCUUUUUUCAAGUCUAUUUAUUAUCUGAUCAAAAAAUUUGAUGAUUUAAAACUGUUUCGAUUUUUCGUAUUUAUUUGAGGAAACUGUGAAAGGCUAAACAUUUUUUUAUCAUGAAAUUUAAAAGAAAAAUUUCAUAACUAACAGUUUGUGGGCGUCAAAGAAAAAAAUCGUACUAUGUUUGAUGACAUCUACGGAAUAUCUGGCCUUAUGAGACAAUAAAUUUUUAUCAGUUUUGUAUUUCCUGAUAAAAAAGAUAAUUUUCAGCACCAUACGUCGCGAAAAAGAAACUGAGUUUAUCACGCAAUGUCAACCUUCCGAUUCGAAAGGUACUAGAAAAGCAAUGUUUCAUAAUCAUGAUUUUUUCCAGAGUUCUUUUGAAAUGCAGCAUACGAAAAUUGAUAUUUCACCCGUGACAGAAUCUCCGCUCGGAGAGACUUUCAGGUGAGAAAGUCAAUAAGAAAUAAGUUGCAUUAGAAAAAAGUUUAGAAGUGCGGCCGAAUUUCCGACAGACGAUUCGAAUGAAGUUUCUUUAAAGCAGAAAGAAGUUCUCACAAUCCGAAUAUACUUGUCCCGUUGUGUGGAUGACGAGGAGGACGAAACGGAGGAAAAUGGUUUGUGAGAACUUUUUAGACGGAAAAAUGAUUCUAAAAUUCUGCGUAGACUUGGCUCACCAUGGAUAAUCAAAUCCAAAGAAAGAUCAAUAUUCUUAUGGUUUGAAACGAAAAUCAAACUUGAUCACUUCAAAAAUCAAGUAUUAGAUAUUUUAAAUAUAAGCGGACUUUGAAAAAGUUGAAUAAAAAAGAAGUUUUAAAAAUUAUAUUUCGGCUUUUUCUUUCUCUUUUUUCAAAAACGAAGGUUUUCCGAGCCAAAAAAUUAAUAAUUUGGUUUUUUCCAGUUUCUGGAGUGCAAUUUGUGAUCGAAGGAGGUAGACUGGCCAACGCGGAACUUCUGCUGCGGCUGAUGGCCAACCAGUGCAAGAUCCCGGCGGACGUCGCCUGCGAAGCCUUCGCUCUUUGGAUGGUCUCUUCCCAACUUGGUAUCACCUUCGCUCCGUUAAGACAAGCCUUUUUUUUGAUCUCCAGAAGUUCAACUGAAGCCUCAUCACAGGCCUUACGAGGUUCGCUGUGGCUGGAAGGCGUGCCUCGCGAGGUUCGCCCCUCUGGAGACUGACGUCAUCAUCGAGGAGCCUGUGCUUUUCUUCCGCCGAAGUGUCCAUCUCAGCGUCAGUCGAGAACAUCAGGUAUCGGAAAAUCAUCUGAUGGUUUCUCUCAUAUUCGACCUUUAUGAUGGGGAAAAAUUACCCUCAGAUUGUAGAAAAAUUUUUUGGUCCCGUUUGAAUCCCUAAACCUUCUUAUUGCACUGGAUAACUUUUUUAUUACCUUAUUCUUAAUUUUUCCUCAUAUCGAAAGAUAAUUGAAACAAAUAUAGGUUUCUUCCGAUGUUAUAUAUUGAGUUUUUUUCUCCGAUAUAUUUUUUUCUUUUUCUCAGUUGACUUUUUGGCUAUAACUUUUUUUUCAAAGAUCUAUUGGGCAACUUUUGACGCAAAAUCGGGAAUUAAUGCAAAAAACUUAGUUUCUUGAAACCAGUCUCAUUCAGAAGUUUGAUUGCGACCAAAACAUGUAUUUGGUUCCCUGACAGAACUCUCGACAUUGAAAGGAUACCAUAAGAGCGGUUGCAGAUCAUCGGGUCCUACCCGGAAUGCGCAGAACUGCUUCUUCUGGACGCGAAGACGGCGCUACAGUCGGACCGUCUUCCGAUGGAGGCCGAGGCCGCCGCCCACAUUGCCGGUCUCUCUUUCGCUCUACAGUAUGGCGCCUUCAACGAGAAACUCCACAACAUAGAGUUCAUUCGGUUGGAUGACGUCGUCCCUCUUCCGAAUGACUAACUCUUCUCUUUUGCAGGAAAGCAAUCGAGGCGCAUCUGCCCAAUAGUUUGUGCAAACAAAUACGUGGAACCAUGAUUUUCGGCAAGGCGUUCAAGGGUUCAACGUGAGAUUCUCGUGACCUUUAAUCUUUUUCAGUCUUAUUUGUAGAACCAACGAAGAACGCCUAAUGAAAGCGUGGCAACUUGCUGGCUCGAAGGAGAAAUACGAGCUUGAAGUUGAUAUUCUGAAAGCGUUAUCUGAUGCCUCCUCAUGUUAUGGGUUUGUUUCAAACCAUUAGCGAGCGCAAGUUAUAUUUCUUCAGUCGUUGAGAAGUUUAUAACAAAAUGAUUCUAAUCACCUUAAAGUUUUUACCAAAUUGGAAGUUUGAAAUUGUUUCGGAAAAAAAAAAAUUAUUCUCCAUGAGCUCAGUUUUUUUUUGUUUUUGAAAAGGUAGGGUCUCUCAAAAAAGAACCGUUUAUGCUAUAAUUUUGGCACCUUGGAAACGCAAUGAGCCAUUAACCACUCUUGCGAAACAGGAUAGUUUAUGAUAUAUACAUUAAAUUGGUUUUUUUAAGUUGAAAUUCAUCCAUGUCUUACCUUAGCGUUGAGUUAGCUAUAAACAGUUUGUUUGUGCAUUUUUCAAAAAAUGAAGUUUAAAUUUAGUAGUUAAAUCUUUUAUUUAAGUUUGUCAUUUCCAGAAGCGCCUAUUUCUAUGGAACGAUAGAAAGGCCUUCGAUUUCCCCACUGAAAGACCUUGGAAAGUUUUUCCAAGCGGUCACCGGCGGCGGACUGUCGGAUGUUGAGGUUCGAGACUCUCCUCAGAAAAAGAAAAAAGGGAAACUUCAGGUACGAGUUGGCGUCAACGAGGAGUUCAUCACGGUGUUCGACCUGGAGAAAGAAGAGAUCCUUCUCGUGCAGAAAAUCGAAGACUGCACUUGGCGACGCGUCGACUGCGAGAUCGACGGCGAUUCCGAGUGCGAAUCCCAGCUUCUGCUCCAUUUUCCUGACGAACAAGUCAGCAAAUCUGGAAUCAAUAUUGGAUCUACAACGUCUUCUACUCGAACGAAUCUUUUGCAGGUUUGUGGGGCUGCAUAUUUCUGGAAAAAUGAUAACUUUCUUCGAAUGUUACGCAACAAAAAACAGAGUGGUUUUAAUCUUGCCAUGGUCCUUCUACUUGAAGGAAUUUUAUUCACAGUUAAUUUUUUUCCAGCUUCUCAGAAAAAAAAUUUCUUUUUUUUUUCGAUUUGCUGGGAAACAGCUUUUCUAUGUUUGAAAGUUGAAGACCGAAAUAGUUCCUUAACACAUCUUAAAAUUUCCUCUUCUCAUCAUAAUUUGACAGAACUACUCAAAUUCAGAUUGUUCUAUUGUUUCAAAAAUGCGGAUAUUGACAUAAUAUGAAAGGUUUUACUUUUCUGAAGUUGCAGAGCACUCAAAAUAUAUAGAGAAAUGCUAUAAAAAGUGAAAUCAUCAAAAUAUUUUCUCUCAAGAUGUAGCAAUCCUUUAAUAACACUACAUUUUUCAGAUUUUCGGAAAACAGGUGGUUCUGGUGGAAGUUCUUCUCAACACACAGAGAUCAGUGCGUGAGAGAAACCUCGACGAAUUAAUCUCCCCGGUAAGUUUUUCAAACGAGAGUCUGCUGUUUUUUGAACAUUUCUGGGCUUUGGUCAUCAGGAAUUUUCAUGAGAAAAAAACUGAGUGUAUGUUUUACAGGAAGACGCGGUGGGAGAACUCUCGGACUCUUCAACGUCUUCCUCGCCUCCGAAGAGCUACCACUCGACGACUUCUAGCGGCUCGAGACACAGCGCCGUCUCCAGAGCCGCCUCUUUCUCCAAAUGCAACAAACUUUGCUUGGCGCGCUUCGAAAACGGAAAGUGCGUGAAUGCUCGUGGAAGCCUCAAAAAAGUCUUCCAGCCCAACAACAGCUCUGAACAGAGUGUCUGUUGA